GUGGCAGCUCUCGGGGCUGGCUUGUCAGUCAGUGAGAGGAGGGGGAAGAUGGCUCGCCAGGACCCGUUCUGUUAGGAAGAAGAGGGGCUGGGAGUGCUGCUACUGAGAGAAAGCCGAGCAGCCGCCGUCGCGGUCGUUCGUGAGGCGCACAGGUCGAGGUUCUGCCGCUGUAGCUCCCGGAGCUGCUCUGGUUGAAGGUUUGGAACAGAUGUGGAAAGAUGUUCACUUCAGAGAAAGGGAUUGUGGAGGAAUGGUUAUCAGAGUAUAAGACACUACCAGAAACAUCUUUACAAAAUUAUGCUACAAAUCUGAAAGACAAGAAUUCUUUAGUUUCAUCUCUCUAUAAAGUUAUCCAGGAGCCACAAAGUGAGUUGCUAGAACCUGUCUGUCACCAGCUCUUUGAAUUCUAUCGUAGUGGAGAGGAACAGUUGCUUCGAUUUACACUGCAGUUUCUCCCAGAACUGAUUUGGUGCUACCUUGCAGUCUCAGCCAGCAGAAAUGUGCAUAGCAGUGGAUGCAUUGAAGCUCUUCUCCUAGGAGUUUACAAUUUGGAAAUAGUUGACAAACAGGGACAUAGCAAAGUGUUGAGUUUUACGAUUCCAUCUUUAUCCAAACCAUCUGUCUAUCAUGAACCAUCCAGCAUUGGCUCCAUGGCUCUGACUGAGAGUGCACUGUCGCAGCAUGGUUUGUCAAAAGUCGUGUACAGUGGGCCUCACCCUCAGAGGGAGAUGCUGACCGCACAGAACAGGUUUGAAGUGUUGACAUUCCUUUUAUUGUGUUACAAUGCUGCCUUAACCUAUAUGCCCAGUGUUUCUCUUCAAUCAUUGUGUCAAAUUUGUUCAAGAAUCUGUGUUUGUGGAUAUCCUCGACAACAUGUAAGAAAAUACAAAGGCAUGAGUAACAGGAUACCAGUUUCUUCAGGUUUCAUGGUGCAAAUGUUAACAGGAAUUUAUUUUGCCUUAUACAAUGGAGAAUGGGAUCUAGCUCAAAAAGCAUUGGAUGAUAUUAUAUAUAGAGCCCAGCUAGAAUUAUAUCCAGAGCCACUGCUGGUUGCUAAUGCAAUAAAGGCUUCGUUGCCUCAUGGUGCCCUGAAAUCUAGUAAGGAAGGUACAAGAUGUAUUCAAGUUGAAAUCACACCAACAUCCUCUAGAAUAUCAAGAAAUGCAGUAACCAGCAUGUCAAUAAGAGGUCACAGGUGGAAAAGACACGGAAAUACAGAAUUAACAGGUCAAGAAGAACUGAUGGAGAUUUCUGAAGUUGACGAGGGAUUUUAUUCCAGGGCUGCCUCUAGUACCAGCCAGUCGGGUUUAUCAAACAGUAGUCACAAUUGUAGUAACAAGACAAGUGUAGGAAAGAACCAGAGACGGUCAGGAGGAAGCAAAACUGGAGGAAAAGAAAAAGAAACUACUGGGGAAUCUUGCAAAGAUCACUUUGCUCGAAAACAGACUCAGAGAGCCCAAAGUGAGAAUCUUGAGCUUCUCUCCUUGAAGAGACUAACUUUAACCACCAGCCAAUCCCUGCCCAAGCCCAGUAGCCAUGGUUUGGCUAAGACUGCGGCAACUGUAUUUAGUAAAUCCUUUGAACAAGUCAGUGGUGUCACAGUCCCACAUAAUCCAACAUCUACUGUUGGGUGUGGCACUGGGACAGAUGCCAAUAGGUUUUCUGCUUGUAGUCUCCAAGAAGAAAAGCUUAUUUAUGUUUCAGAAAGGACUGAACUUCCAAUGAAAUAUCAAGCAGGUCAACAGAGACCUCCUAGUAUUAGCAUUACUCUGUCCACAGAUUAAUUUGUAACGUAUUUUUUUCUUCAGUGAAUCUAGAAACAUGGAAUCUAGAAACAUGACUACUUCUUUAUGAAAAUGUCUCUGGUCUUUCAUGCCUACUUCUGUCAGGAGCCCUGGUGUCCUAAAUUCCAAAGGCUCUCUUGACUUUAUGAGGGAAUGUCUAGUUUGCAGAAGCUAAAUAUGGUUUUAUUAUCUCUUGGUUGUAUUUACCGCCUUGGUUUGAGUCCUUGUCUUUUUCUUUUUCUUUUGUUAUUUGAUACUGUUGCCCCCAAGUUGUCAGUGUGACAAUAAAUUUUGCCAAAUUG